AUGUCUCUUUCCCCCACCCAGGUUGAAAACGUGACCUUGGCUCGCCAUGGUGAGCAGGUUGACGGCACCCUCCACCUCACCCCUCACCACCUGAUCUUCUCCCACGUUCCCCCGAUCUCCAGCGAAGACCAAGCCAAGGGGGUAGCGAUCCGACCAAGAGAGCUUUGGAUCACUUAUCCAAUCAUCUCUUUCUGCACCCUGCGGCCAGCUCCCGCGGUGUCCCGCCAGCUCUCCUCCAUCCGCCUCCGGUGUCGAGACUUCCUCUUCGCCUGCUUCUUUUUCACAAAUGAGACCAAAGCACGGGAAGUGUUUGAUAGCAUCAAGCAGUGGACAUGCAAAUCAGGUCGCAUCGAUAAACUCUAUGCCUUUUCCUACCAGCCUCCCCCGCCGGAGAAGGAAUUCAAUGGAUGGGAUUUGUAUGAUCCGCGCAAGGAGUGGGAACGCCAGGGUAUUUUGGAAGAUGGAAAGGGUUGGCGUAUCUCGGAAAUAAAUGUUGAUUAUGGCUUUUCCCCGACUUAUCCCGCUCUUCUUCCCGUGCCUUCUUCCAUCUCGGACAACACCCUCAACUAUGCAGGGCGGUACCGAUCCCGAGCAAGGAUUCCUACGCUUACGUACUUCCAUCCCGUCAAUAAUUGUACUAUCACUAGGAGCUCUCAGCCCCUAGUCGGUGUACGUCAGAACCGCAGCAUCCAAGAUGAAAAGCUUCUUGCCGCCAUCUUCUCCACCUCUCGCUCAGAAAGACACCUGGGCAGCUUCACGCAACCUAGCCUGGACAAGGAGGCUUCGGACUCGAGCCAAGGGAGUGCAGAAACCAGCCAAACGGACCCUGACAUAGCAAAUCCCGAGGAGCUGGAAGAUGACUUGCUGGCCUCGGUGCGUGGAGACGCCGAGGAGCAAGCCUCAGUUUAUGGUGCCCAGCAGCAAAAUUUGAUUGUGGAUGCACGCCCAACGGUCAAUGCCUUUGCAAUGCAAGCGGUUGGUCUUGGCUCCGAGAACAUGGAUAACUACAAGUUCGCCACUAAAGCAUACCUUGGAAUUGACAAUAUCCAUGUCAUGCGAGAUUCACUGAACAAAGUGGUCGAGGCCUUGAAGGAGUCGGAUGUAACACCUCUGGGCCCAAGUCGCGAUCAGCUUGCGCGAAGUGGUUGGCUGAAGCACAUUGCCGGGAUUUUGGAUGGGGCUGGGGUCAUUGCUCGCCAAGUCGGCUUAACACAUUCCCAUGUGCUGAUCCACUGCUCUGACGGCUGGGAUCGGACGAGCCAGUUGAGUUCUUUGAGCCAAAUCUGUCUGGAUCCGUACUAUAGGACGAUGGAAGGCUUCAUGGUUCUCGUUGAGAAAGACUGGCUUUCUUUCGGGCACAUGUUCCGACACCGCUCGGGUCACUUGAACAGUGAAAAGUGGUUCCAGAUCGAGAAUGAGCGUAUCGGCGGAGAUUCCAACCGUGGAUUUGGGGAUGGCAGCGGUGCCGGAAAAGCCAUCGAAAACGCAUUCCUUAGCGCCAAGGGGUUCUUUGGCCGCGAUAACACUAGCCGGGACUCUUUGCCCGACUCCGACGGAGAGCUCCAGAGCUAUGACUCUGAUAGCCCCGCGGCCAGGAAAGCCAGCUCCAUGCCUCGCACCGCUGUUUCUGAGAAGGAAGUUACCAAGGUGAAGGAGACGAGUCCUGUUUUUCAUCAGUUCCUGGAUGCGACCUACCAGCUCUUACACCAGUACCCGACACGGUUCGAAUUUAACGAGCGAUUUUUGCGACGGCUGCUCUACCACCUCUACGCCUGCCAGUUCGGAACCUUUUUGUUCAACAGCGAGAGAGAGCGUGUGCAGACCAAGGCUCGCGACCGAACACGAAGCGUGUGGGACUACUUCCUCGCUCGCCGAGACCAAUUCACCAAUCCGCAGUACGAUUCCGUUGUUGAUGACCAUCAACGCGGCAAAGAACGACUCAUCUUUCCUCGUGUCAACGAGACGCGAUGGUGGAGUGAGUCAUUUGGUCGAGAAGAUGCAGAUAUGAAUGGACCCCGUCCUUCGGGUGCACCAGCGGCCAGCGAUAAUCCCAGUGCAAAACGAACGCCCGUCUUGACCGGAGUGGAAACUUCCCAGCAGUCUGUGAGUACUGAGGCUUCUGACAACGCUGCCGCUAGUCACACCGCAUCAUCGGGCAUGGCAUCCGUGACGGCAGGGAUAUCGAAUCUUGCAUUCUCAAAGAAUCAAGAGAGCGAAUCUGCCACUCAAAAGCCGGAGGAGAUGGAGGUAGAGAUGCAAUGA